UAGCGAUGUCACACUCUCUCUCGAUCUCGGUUAUCGAUCGACGACUGAACCGGAGACGUCGUCACGGGACGAAUUUAAUCGCCGGUAAACUCAAAAUCGAAUUGGAUCUCCGGCGAUCUGAUCGCAAUGAGUAACAGCGAGCUUCUCAACGUGGAGCCUCUCGAUCUUCAAUUCCCUUUUGAAUUGAGGAAGCAGAUCUCAUGCUCUCUUUACUUGACGAACAAGACGGACAAUCAUGUAGCAUUCAAGGUUAAGACAACGAAUCCUAAAAAGUAUUGCGUAAGGCCUAACACUGGAGUUGUUCUUCCGAGGUCCACUUGUGAAGUUCUUGUGACCAUGCAAGCUCAAAAGGAAGCUCCUUCGGAUAUGCAAUGCAAGGACAAGUUUCUACUUCAAGGUGUGAUUGCUAGCCCUGGUGUCACGGCCAAGGAAGUCACUCCUGAGAUGUUUAGCAAAGAGGCUGGGCAUUUAGUUGAGGAGACUAAGCUGAGGGUUACGUAUGUUGCUCCACCACAACCACCAUCACCGGUUCAUGAAGGUUCAGAAGAGGGUUCUUCUCCACGGGCUUCUGUUUCUGACAACGGAGGACAAGCUUCUGAGUUUUCUUCUCAGAGAUUUAUAGCAGCGGACAAGGUUGAACCUCAAGAUAACACAUCUGAGGCAAGGUCUCUCAUCACAAAGCUAACCGAGGAAAAACAGUCUGCCAUUCAACUAAACAACAAACUUCAAAGAGAACUGGACCAGUUGAGACGUGACAGUAAGAGAGGCCAAAGUGCUAUGCCUUUGAUGUACGUUCUUCUGGUCGGACUAAUCGGUCUAAUUUUGGGAUACAUUGUGAAGAGCACAUAACCACCACCCCCCACCUGAGUUCUUCGCGCCACACACCCUCAGGGGAAAGAAGAACGAAAGGAAACAGACGUUUUCUUCUCUCUUUGUAUUUGACAGUUUCACCUGAAAGGUGUCUCUAGAUGAUUUGUAGUGAAAAUGUUAAUAACUCAUUUUGCUUUGUUUUUAUUUAAAAAACUUAUGAUACCAAUAACUUGGUCCACUAAAUCUGGAUUUUAUUUAUUUAUUU